AUGAAUACAUACCGGCACUACGGCGCUGAAGAAUUAGAGGAGGACAAAUCUUUUGCCCACCAAUUUGGUGAGGUCGAUGAGCUCGUUGCUCAUUUUGAGGCUCGCACCGCGCAAGCUCGCCCAAACCCUGGAAAAGGACACUUUCCAGGGGGUACUAUUACUGUAUCUCAUGGUCGUGGUGGUGGUGUCGCUGGUCGGCCAAAUCUGACGAGAGCAUACGCUGGAAUAGGAUGUCAGCUUAAUCCGUCUCAGAUCGAUCCUCAAUGGGCUGCUGUUCCCGCGCGAGGUACUGCAACCCCUGGACAACCGCGCUUUCCGGGGGCUACUGUUCCUGUAUCUUCUCCUUCUGCCACCUCAUAUCCUUCUACCACCUCAUAUCCCUCUUACCCCUCAUAUCAUUCUACCACCUCAUAUCCUUCUACCGCCUCAUAUCCUUCUACCCCCGCAUUUAAUCCUGCUACUCCCGCAUACAACCCCCCGACAUCUCAGCAAAAUAUUCCAUCGACUACUACCGCCGCGAACAAUGCUGCAAUUUUUGGACAACAGCCUUACCCCCCCGGAUUCACCCCUGCUGUGCAGAGUACACCUGUUGAACCAGAAUAUAUUCCUCCUAGAACGACUGGUUGUCCUCCUUCACGUCUAGCUCCGGCCUGGGGCGUAAUCGGUGACCGGAGGAGGCAGGCUGAUGCUCCUGCUCCUGGAGGUGGGGCGGGGGGGGGACAAGGUGUUUUGAGAAAUAAGCAGCGGGGAGAGCAGGAGGAAGCGGCUUUAGGGGGGAGAUAA